GCUAUUUUAAGUUAGGUUUUUAGUUUUCGACUAACAAUAUUAGUAUAAAGGUCAAAACUAUUUUACAGGCUUUUAAGUAGGCGAGCAAAAAAUUGCAAAUUUUGUUAACGAAACUCCUACACAUCCCAAAUUUCGAAAUAAAUGCACCCGGGGUUCAAUGUGCUGCUUUUAAGCAAACCUGGGCGAUUUGCCGAUCUGGCAACUACGCCAAAAUUUAACCUAAAAAAAUUUAAAUAAAAACCAUAACAAACGAACCGUUAUAACUAUAAAACUUGAUAUCCUGGUACAGGAAAAAAUGGAACAAAGCAUUUACACUCUGAAUAUACCAAAAACGAAAUUAACUAGAUUACAUUCAUUGGGAACGUACUAUGUAAAUGAUAUGACGAAACCCAUUAUAGAAACUUUGCAGCAAAAUAUCGCGGAGGUGUCCCAAUCGAAAACAGCAUUGGAUCUUCUUGAAGAAGAACUGACUAAUCAGUAUAUUUUAAGCUUCAAUAUUGAACUUGACAAGAUUUUAACAGGUGAAAUUACACCUCAUAGGAUUGUCGAGCUUGCUGGACCCCCUGGUAGUGGAAAAACACAAAUUUGUUUUCAGCUAAGUGUGACCACUCAGCUCCCAAUAAGCUUAGGAGGUCUUAACGGUCAAGUGGCAUAUUUAUGCACCAAUAAAAACUUCUCACCCACAAGGGUUCAAGAACUUUCCCAAAAACUUUUAAACCAGUUUAAUAAAGUGAACAUCAAAACCGGACUGACUUGUAAAGAUUUUUUAAGGAAUAUUUUUGUUUUUAAUCUGAAUAAUCCUGCUGAUCUUUCUACUGCUGUAAAAUACUUGGACUAUUUUUUAAGAGACAAGAAGAUUAAAUUGGUAAUAAUUGAUAACAUCUCGAACCCUUUAAGAAAAUUAAAGGGAGUGGAGAGGACUGCUUAUGCAUAUACUUUGCUAAAUGAAUUACAAAUGUUAAGUAGAACUUUUGGGUUUGCAAUACUUAUCACCAAUGACUUUACUACUAAGAUUAAAGAUAAUGAAGUAAUUUCUGCCCCAUCAUUUGGUGACAGUUUCUUAGACAGAGUUAAUACCAGAAUAUGUUUAUAUAAACAGCCUGAAUGCGAAGUUUAUACAGCGGAAUUGCUUAAAAGUUCAUGUAAAUCUAUGAGGAAUCAUUUAGGAAACAGUUUUUGUAUGUUUUGAGCAAGUGCUGUGAUGAGCAAAUGGAGUAACAUUCAUAAAAUCGCUGAAAACUAAGGCAGGACAAGCCGCCAAAAAGAAUACAUUUACAGUGAUAACCUACAAUUUCUACUCAACACCCGACGAAACUGAAUCAAGUAUACCAAAUCAAAAUGAUCCCGAAAGCCAACAGUCACUCACGAGUAACCUAGACCAAUACCUUCAUCAUCCAGUACAUUUACAUCCACAAAUCGAAGGGGAACAAAAAGACUAAAUACGGUCGAUGAAGAAAUACUGAAAGCUAUACAGGCAAAAUCCGUGGAGUCCGAAUUAAUUGACGACGACCGUGCAUUCAUUCCUUGCCAACCGUGAAACAAUUGAACGAAGAUGAUAAGUUUGAAUUUAGAAUUGAAGUUAUGCAACUACUUCGCAAAUGUAAAAACCGUAGGCUUUCGUCUUCGUCAAAUACUAUCGCUUCUACAGAUAUUGAUGACCUCCAAGCUUUUUCACCUCAGAAAGAUACUCAGCAGUUUUCACCCCCGCAAUUCAUCCAACUCACUUCACCCCAGCAAGAAACCUCGAAGUUUUUAUUCCAGCAAGUAGCCCCACAGUGUUCAUCCCAGGAAGAUGGUAACGUUGUUGUGCAAUCUUUCACCGAAUUACUUUCGCAAGAUUUUUCUACCACAUAACGAGAUAAUCACUUUCAAUUAAUAUUUAUAGAUGACUUAACUGCCCUCCAUAAGCUAAUGGGCGUAUCUGCAAAAACAGUGUUUUGAGAUAAUGAAGGUUUUGUAUUUUUUAACGUGCCACCUAUUAAACUUCACUAAAAUGAAAGAUAUGGAGUUUAUAGUAAUUUUUUCUUAAAAAAUCAGUGGCAUUAAUAAAAAUUGCAACUUGUUUUUAGAUUUUGAGUUAUGGCAGAUACGCCUAUUUUCCUUAGUAUCGUUUUACCAUUUGCUGAUUAAAUUAAAAGAUGUCUGAACUAUGAAAUUUAAUACAUAUAGAAUAAUGUUUGAAUAUUUUUAUCAACUUAUAAAAAGUGAUUAAGUAAUAAAAAUACAUUCGUUAAAA